CAUCACUGUACCUCACUGGAUCACGCUGCCCAGGGCCCAGAGGAGGGCAAGGGCAAGGGGCAGAGCAACAAGCUGGCCUACACUGUCACUGACAUGCCCCCCUGGUACCUGUGCAUCCUGCUGGGUAUUCAGGACAUUGCUGGAAUUGCACUUUCUCCUGAUGCGCCUGGAGCUGUGGGGCCAGAUCCUGGUGUCCUGAGGUCCUUCCCACCACUGCCUGAGCACUGAUUGUUAUCCUUCUGCCUGCAGCUACAUCCUCGCCCUUGAUGUGCUAAUAGUGAGGCAGAGGCCUAGGGCUGGAGCCUGAACAGUUAAUAAGAACAGGUCAGAUACCUCUGCUGAAGUCUGCAAAAUGUCUGUGGGCUUCUAAACUUCUGCCUUUCUGCUGCAGUAAUGACUAAGCAGAGGCCAAUGUCCAUACCCAGGCAUGUUAAAUGACCCAAUGCAACCCAGAGUUACUGGGUAUAGAGCAUCAGGGAACAGAGCCCGCAAAAUGACUAAGGAAACAAUGGACUGGUCUUGGAUCUUGAUGGACAUUUUGUACUUUGUUUCCUUAAAUGAUCACCUCAGAUUUGGAAUGUAUAAAAACAAGGUUUUGUGAACACAUCUAGAUUGUAAUUUUAAUAAAGCACACCUUUAACAAGCACAGUGAGUUUCCAAGUCCCACCAGUUCCACCACUGCAGUCCUGUACUAUGAUGAGUGAGAACUGGGAAGUUAGACUGGGUGAAACAACCUUGCCUCAUCAAUUGCUCACCAAAUUAUCUUCACAUUUAGUAAUUAACCAAAGGUCAUUGUUAAAAUAUGCCUCCGACUGCUUUGAAAAAUACAGUGCUUGAUCUUUCCAUUCUUUGCCAUCCUUUUAUAUGGCUAUUCAUAACUGCACCGUGUGAGAAAAGUUGCUGAUUGCAAAGAGUAGGUAACUGCAGUUUACAAAUAUGUUAUUGGUUGAGGUGCAAAUGAAACAGAUUGAAACAUUUGUACUCUGCUCACUUCAUGUGAUCAUUCUAUUACCUUUCCUUAUCAUGUCCCCUCCUUCCUGGUAGACUAACCCCAACAUUUUUUUUUUUUUUUUUUGAAGGGCUAGGAAUAAACCUGUUGUGUCUGACAGUGAUCUGGGGAGUCCAGAGCACUACAAAAGGUCUUUGGGCAUGGAAGGUGGGAGAAGUUUGUGGGGGUGCACUGUGGAUCUUGUAGGUCCAGCCCCUAACAGAACGUUUAAUUUAUCAAAAAAGAGAAUGAAUAGUACUGGUAUCAUUCAAAUACAAAUGUGCAAGUUACUUGUAGAUUUCCCUCAGUAAUGCAGUAAUGUUUUAUUGCCAGUUCUGUGUCCUUCUUCACUCCGUCUUUCUCUGUGGCUCCUAGCAUUUCCUGACAGCCAUGGGAGGUCUGGUAGCCAUCCCACUGAUCCUAUCCAGAGAGCUUUGUCUCCAGCAUGACCUCCUCACCCAGAGCCACCUGAUAAGCACCAUCUUCUUUGUCUCAGGAAUUUGCACCCUGCUUCAAGUCCUCUUUGGAGUCAGGUUGCCUAUUAUUCAAGGAGGAACUUUUGCAUUCCUGACCCCCACCCUGGCCAUGCUGUCCCUCCCCAGGUGGAAGUGCCCUGCCUGGACGGAGAACGCCACGCUGGUGAAUGCUUCUUCACCAGAGUUCAUUGAAGUUUGGCAGACACGGAUGCGAGAGGUGCAAGGCGCUAUCAUUGUAGCUUCUUGCUUUCAAAUCUUCGUUGGAUUUUCUGGCCUUAUUGGAUUUCUGAUGAGAUUCAUUGGCCCCUUGACAAUAGCUCCCACCAUCACCUUGGUUGCUCUACCUCUCUUUGACUCGGCUGGGGAUCAGGCUGGACAGCACUGGGGCAUAGCGUUCAUGACUAUUUUUUUCAUAGUUCUGUUCUCUCAGUACCUGAAGGAUGUCCCUGUGCCACUGCCAUCGUAUCAGAGAGGCAAGAAGUGCCACUUCUCCCCCAUCUACCUCUUCCAGAUCUUCCCGGUGCUGCUGGGGCUGUCCCUGAGCUGGCUGUUCUGCUAUGUGCUGACGGUGACUGACGUCCUCCCCAUGGACCCCACUGCUUACGGCCACCUGGCACGGACAGACACCCGCGGGGACGUCUUGUCUCAGGCUCCCUGGUUUCGACUCCCUUACCCAGGACAGUGGGGAAUGCCAACAGUCAGCUUAGCUGGGAUAUUCGGCAUCCUCGCCGGGGUGAUCUCCUCCAUGCUGGAGUCCAUGGGGGAUUACUAUGCCUGCGCCCGCCUGUCUGGUGCCCCACCGCCGCCGAAGCAUGCCAUCAACCGUGGGAUCGGUGUUGAAGGCAUUGGCUGCCUCCUGGCUGGGGCCUGGGGAACAGGGAACGGCACCACGUCCUACAGUGAGAAUGUGGGGGCCCUGGGCAUCACCAAGGUAGGGAGUCGCAUGGUGAUCGUUGCCGGUGCCUGUGCCAUGCUCCUGAGCGGCGUCUUCGGGAAAGUGGGGGCGAUGCUUGCCAGCAUACCCACCCCUGUCAUCGGGGGCAUGUUCCUCGUGAUGUUCGGCAUCAUCACCGCAGUGGGGAUUUCCAAUCUGCAGUACACGGACAUGAACUCCUCCAGAAACAUCUUUAUAUUUGGAUUCUCUGUAUUUGCUGGACUCACAGUUCCCAACUGGGCAAACAAAAAUAGUGCACUUCUAGAAACAGGAAUCAUCCAGCUGGACCAGGUGAUCCAGGUGCUUCUCACCACUGGCAUGUUUGUGGGUGGACUCCUGGGGUUUAUCCUUGAUAACACCAUUCCAGGAACACAGGAGGAGCGGGGACUCCUGGCAUGGAAGCACAGCCACAAGGGAGAGGCGGGCAACUCCCAGCUCAUUUCCAAGGUCUAUGAUCUCCCAUUUGGCAUAGGCACUAAAUACUGCGCUGUCUCUUGGUUUCGGUAUCUCCCUGCUUGCCCCAAAAAACUACCUGGUGGCAAGAAAAUGGAUGAACUGAAGGCUGCUGGACAAGAAAGCAGUGUUAAAGCAAGCUUGGAAAGAGACUCUGAGAUAGGUGCUGAUACAAGGAUAUAAGCACCAGGCCUGAAGGUGAAUUCAUCUCUCAAGCAGAGGUAUGAAGAGCGUGUCUGCAGCCCCCAUCAUCUGAGCAUGAGCUGGAGCAAGAGAAGGACAGUGCCUUUCUUUUCUUAACACUGUCUCCAGUGGUGACUGGUGACCUUGAGGGGAUCAUUUUUCUUCUCCCUGCUCCUGCCUGUCCAGCUCUAGGAAGAACACAGUCCUGCUUUGGGAAAUGCCUGGGAAGGAUGUUCAGCUUCCUUCCUUGCACUGAGCCUUGGGGACCCUGAGGAACAGUUGUCAGUGAAGCAGAGCUCUUCCUUUCCCCUGUCCUGACUGCUCUCGGGGCCACAAGGAGAAGGCAUCUCUACUGCUCUUACGCAUCCUUUGGGCUGAGGUUUAUCCCCUCUUCCUUAAUAAUCUGUAAUGGCAACGUUCACCUCUCAGCUUGUGGUUUACACCUUUUCCUGGCCAAAGGGAAGAAGCAGGCACCUCUAGGCCAUGACUCAUCUAAUUCCUGUGACACUCUAAAGUCAAAUGAAUGUUGCUGGAAAAGCAGCAUCUAAGGUUAAUGGGAUGAAUUGUCUUCUGACGUUGCCUCUCCCUACCUACACUGCAGAGGGAUCUGCAGACUUUAGUUAGGUUAUUGACCUGCUAGAAAUAACCAGCUUUACUGAAAGGAAUCCCAUCCCAGGGGGUGCUGGGAGCCAGGUUCCCCAGGGCACCAAAUUGCAGAGAUGAAGGAAUCUUCAUGAGAGAUGAAGGAGAAAAUUUCUGCUUGUAGUGUGAUGUACCUCUGCUACUGCUAAGUUCGGUGUGUCCCCACUGUGCCUGAUUUGGUUUGGUGAUUGUGUGGUGACAGCCACUUCUCUGGAAAACAGCCUGCAGGCUCUUGCUGCUUUCCAGUCUCAGCAGAAACAGCCUUAACCUGUUAGUAAUGUGACUGCACAUGGUGGUGGCUGCUGCUGACAUGUAAUAAUAUUGCUGUAACAUUAAGCUCUCAUUUCCUGCACUGAGAUUUAUACUUAGGUAUUUUUGGGAAAAAAUAAAUAAUAUAUGCAACUGAA